AUGCAUGUUUAAUUUUAAGUUUAAUUCAUUGUAAUUGUAGACUGGAGCUGGCAAUGCUAUCUGUACAAAGGAAAAUUCAGAUGGUGGAUCAUGUCUACAAUCUCCUCAACAUGGUUUGGAAGACAUAUCACUUUAGCAGCAAGUCUAUGAGAGAACUACGAGCACUUGGAGAGGAGUUGGGUGUUCGUGUUAAUGUACCAGGUAGUGUCAGUGGGACACGCUGGCUACCACAUGUGAACUGGGCCCUCCAAACCUUGCUAAAACCUGGAGGAAAGGAUAAACAUCUGCAGAACCCUGGCCAGUUCACAGCAGUGUAUUACCACAUGGAACAUUUGACUGCAUCAUCCACCAAUGCUGAUAUUGCUGGGAGAUCAAGGAAGGUCAAGAAGAUGAUGGAAGAUGGAAGCUUUGUGGGUUUCUGUCACUUCUUGGCUGACUUGUUUGAGGCCAUAAGUAAAUUCAGCUUGCUUCUCCAAAGAAAUGAUGUUAUUUUGCCUCAGGCUGUGAAUGGGAUUGAGAAUCUCCUUGCAACCAUUGAGGCCAUGUCAGUGAGAUGCAAGCCAGGUGGUAGGCUGGCAGAAUUACUGGUAGACCUUCAGGCCCAGAGAAGACAACAAGAGGAUGAGGGGGAGACUCACCCUUUGUACAAGUUUCAGGGGAUCACCAUCAAAGGUGAAGCUGCUGGGCUGGGAAAGGAAGGACUCUCCAUGGCAAGCACACCUAAGCUACAACAAGCAGUGAGAGCAACCAUCGACUGCACUUUGCUUCAUGUAAAGCAAAGAUUCAGCAGUCUGCUUUAUGAUGAGUCUACAUCAGCAUUAGCAAAAGCAGUGAAGUCAUUCAAGAUAUUCAGUCAUGAUUCCUGGCCAGCAGAGCAACGAGAGCUGACAGACUAUGGAGCAGAGGAGCUGGACUUCCUGCUAGACCACUUUUCCUCUGUCUUAACAAGAAAUGGCUGUGAUUUCAAUCUGGCUAAAGAGGAGUAUCAAUCCAUGAAGACAUUCAUUUUUAGGAACUACAUGGACAAAUCUUACCAUGCCUUAUGGGGGAUGAUGGUAACUAAGUUGCCAUUCUGCUCUGAUUACAAGAACAUCCUACAUCUGGUUCACAUCAUGCUGGUCCUCCCGGUCUCCUCUGCUAUAUGUGAAAGGGGAUUUUCUGCUCAGAAGAGGAUUAAAUCUGAUGUCAGGGGGUCCCUGCAUGUAGACACUGUGGAGGACUUGAUUCGAAUUAACAUGGAGGGACCUAGUUUACAAGAGUUUGAUGCCAAGGAAGCUGUACAAACAUGGUUCAGUCAGGGUAAAAGGUCUAGGAGGCCAAAUUACAAGGGCUGGCCUUCAGAGCCUCCUAUUGGAACACAGGAGGAUCUGCUCUAA